GCUGUGUUGUGGUUAGUGUGUUUUUUUCCCACAGAUUCAAGGUGGAAAUUUAGGGUUUUAGAGGGGGUGGGCGGUAUGAGGAAAUUGGAGCAGGUCUGCUUCGCUGCUGAAUUUCUUCUGUUUUAGGCGAUUUGGGACUUGAUACUUUGGGUGUUAGUUAGACAUGAGGUUAACCCCAUGUUUUUGCCCUAUAUAAUGUUUCUGGUCGGCUGGUAAUAUGAUUGGUUAUUUGUUUCUGUCGAUUGCUGUAGUUCGUUUGGGUGUUGAAAACAGGGUUUUAGAUUAUUUUUUAGUUUGCUUGAUGCGCACGCAUAAAUUCUGUUCUCGUUAGAUGUUUGUUUUCAUCCUUAUGCAGGUGGACUACAGAAACUUAGCAAGGUUGAUUGAAGGCUAGGAAUUGAUAGCUAAAAAAAAUUCUGUCCGAAUAAGGCUAGGAAUUGAUAGCCAAAAAAAAUUCUGUCCGAAUCAUUGCAUUUUGCCAUUUGUUUUGUUGUCUAACAAAAUUUCUAAUUUUGAUGCGCAUGCGUAAAUUCAUUCAUUGUCAUUUCGAAUAUUCGUAUCACUGUUUUGGAUUUUCUUCUAGUAAUCACUAAUGUAGUAAUGCCCAUAUAUUUUCUGAAAUAUCAUAUUCAGGGAAAUUUUGAUCCGUGACAUCGAAAUAUCACAAUUUUAGAAAUAUACCUUCAUACUGUCUUGGUUCACUUUAAUAACGCCAAAACUUUGGGCCAUUUAGAAAUAUGCCAGUCAGUUACCUUUUCUAUAAACCCAGCCUCGGCAUUGUCAUCCUGCCGUUUCCUUUCGAGUCACAGCGGAAUGAGUUCUUCUUCCUCCUCCUCCACUCCGGUUCUCUUCGAUGGCUGCUCCGACAUGACAUGGUCACCUCAAGAUGACCCUAAACCUCAAAAUCCAUAUCAGGGGGAAUUUCCUGAGACAAUCGAAGAGUACUUGCAUUAUGGUACUAUGAAAUGUAUUGCGUUUAACCGCAAAGGAACACUUCUUGCUGCUGGAUGCUCAAAUGGCAGCUGUAUUAUCUGGGACUUUGAAACAAGGGGUUUUAUAAAAGAAUUUCGUGAUAAAGAUAGCACUGCACCUAUAACAAGUGUCUCCUGGUCAAGGUAUGGCCACCGUUUGCUUGCCUCUGCUACUGACAGGUCAUUGACACUUUGGGAUGUGUCAACUGGCGAAAAGAUUGCCCGCAUUACUCUUCAGCAGACUCCAUUGCGUGCCAGCCUUCAACCUGGUUCUCCAACUCCAUCUAUUUGUUUGGCAUGCCCUCUAUCUUCUGCACCUCUUCUUGUUGAUUUGAAUACUGGAAGUACCACAGUUCUCCCUGUUUCUGUAUCUGGGAAUGGUAACCCCCCUGCACCUACCCCCCGUAAUAAAUUUGCGGAUGGUACCCCACCUUUCACGCCAACAGCUGCAACGUUUGAUAAGCAUGGGGACCUGAUAUAUGUGGGCAACUCCAAAGGAGAAAUUUUAAUCAUAGAUUCAAAAAGCAUCCAGGUACAUGCAGUAGUUCCCAUCCCUGGCGGAAGUGUUGUUAAGGAUAUUGUUUUAAGCCGGGAUGGUCAAUAUCUGCUGACAAAUUCUAAUGAUCGGGUCAUUAGAGUCUUCCGAAACAUUCUGCCUGUUAAAGGUUCUGGAGAGGAGAUUAGAAACAUAAGCAACAACAGUAAUGAAUAUGGAAGUCACUACGAUAAAUUAAAAGCAAAUGGUACAAGCUGUCUUGUUCUUUCCUGUGAACUUUUGGAUGCCAUCACAAAGAUACAGUGGAAGGCACCUUGUUUCAGUGGUAAUGGUGAGUGGAUAGUUGGUGCUUCUGCAAACAAAGGAGAGCACAGGUUGCAGAUAUGGAACCAAGCAGGGCGCCUUGUAAAGAUGCUUGAAGGUCCAAAAGAAGCUCUUAUUGAUCUUGCCUGGCAUCCUGUUUUGCCGACAAUUACUACAGUGUCUGUAACAGGCUAUGUAUACAUUUGGGCCAAGGAGCAUGUAGAGAAUUGGAGCGCUUUUGCUCCUGAUUUCGUGGAAUUAGAAGAAAAUGAAGAGUAUGCCGAACGAGAGGAUGAGUUUGACUUGAAUCCACGUGAAGAACAGGCUGAGGAAGUAGCGAUAGAUGAGGAUGCUGAUGUUGAUAUCGAGACAUGUGAGAAGAACACAGUGUUCAGUGAUGUGGAGGAUUCUGUGGAUGAGAUCUGCUACUUGCCAGCAAUUCCUUUCCCAGAUUCUCCCGAUGAGCAGCCAGAGAAAUGCCUUGGAAGUUCAAAGUUGGAGGAUAGCAACCAUUCUGGUUCCCCAUCCUCAAUGGAUGCUGUACAGAAUGGACAAGCCAUUCCUCCAGCAUCAAGCCCAAUGGAAGUUGACAACUCUACUGCUGAAGACCCAGAAGAAGGGCCAAACUCAAAGCGGAAGCGGCGGCUGUCAGUGAAGGGGCUUGAGUUGCAGCAGUCUGAGAAAGGCAAAAAGGGAUCAACAAAGAACAAGUCCAUCGGAAAGUCCACAAAAUCCAGUGCCAAGAAGAUGGAAUCUGCUAAUGGAAACAGCUCUGCCUUUGAUGAUGAAGCAACUGAGGAUGAUGAGAUGAACAUCGAUAUCUAGUGUGUUUCUGACUGAGGGCAAUAGGCGUGGGGAAUAGAAAAGGUCUUUCCCCCACCACCACCACCACCUAAUUAAAAAGAACUGUCGUAUGCUGUGACAAUAUAAACGCAAGUAUCAUUGUUGUUGACUGAAAAUUGGUAUAUGCUGUUUCUCUUAUUUCUUAGCUCUGUUUUGCACCCAUGAAUAUUUGGGAAUAAAAUCUUUUUACUUUCGGAGAUGUUAAGUUUAAUAAUUCCUUGA